GUCUGAAAGAGGAAGCAGGAUGUCAUGAAGGCGUGUUAGCCACCAGUCACUAUGCAAUGAGUCUGUGUCUCUGUCUACCCAUAGAGUGGGCCAUCGCUUCCAUCAAGGACUCUGGGAAAUGAAUCUUAUACUAUUCCUGCUUUUGGCAUUGACAGCUAGCUGGACUGAACUUGUUCAAUGUGAAGACAACGAAGAAAUAGAGGAGGACUCACUGAUAGUGGAAACUCACAAAGCAGAGGGAGAAGAAAAAGACUCAGAGAAUCAGGGGGAUGGUGCAGGCUCUGGAGAUGGGAGGAGCCAAGACUUAGACUCCCCACCAUACAGUGACACAAACAUUGACCAAACGGUCACAAAUGAGGAAGCAAAUUCGACUGCUGAAGCAAAUACAGACACAGAAGCAGAAGAUCUCAACCUAGUCAUGAUCAUCAUACCUCUAGCUCUCACACUCGUCGUCAUCGCUGUGGUCAUGUGUGUAGUCGUGAUCUACCGCAGGUGGAGAAUAAAAGUUGCUGAACACACGAAAGAAGAUCCUUAUCUGGAUCAAGGAGACCAUGAGAAGGUGCCAAUGCCCAUGUUCGAUGAUGAUAUCCCAUCAGUGAUGGAGCUGGAAAUGGAAGACCUAGAAAACUGGAUGGUAAAAGAUGGAGGCAAGAAAGUGGACACUGGCCAAAUAUAAUGAAUAGCUUUUCAGCUGUGGACGUGAUGCUGUUUCGUGUGUCUAAUGUUGCACAGUGUAUAUGUUGGGCUAUUCUAUGUACUUCACAUACUUAAGUUACAAUUUGCUAAUGCUUUUAGACUAUGUUUCAUAAUGCUAUAACUUCAUAUAAAAUACAUAUUUAUAUAAAAAACCUGCUGUUUGGAUGAAAAUGAACAAAUGAAAAUAAGCAGAUAACUAUUUUCUGUUGCACUGUUCAGGACAGCUCUACUGUAAGCCGCUGUGAUCUUCUGUGUACUUUUGAUAUUGAAAUUUUCACCACUUUUUUUGAUGGAGCGCAACAAACUGAUGUUGUUUCUUUGUAAUGUAAUAAUCAUUCUCCUCGUCUCGUCUAAACUUACUGCUACAACAAGAAGCAUUUCAUCAUUCCAUUUAAAUUAUAAAAACACAAACAUUUUAACCUAUGUAAAUAUUAUUGCACAAGUUGUAUUAUUUUUUUCUUUGUUUGUGUUUACAAUUUAUAGUGAAACUUUAUCAUUCUUAAGAAAACACCAACACAUUUCCUGCUAUGUACUGUAUGUUUUUUAUAUAUUAAAAGAGGAACUAUUGA